AUGAUGGAGAAGAUCCUGCUGUGUCUCUGCUUAUGUCUCUCAGGUCAGAAAACUCUCUUAUGUUGGUUUUUGACGAUGUCUUUUAAAAAUGUAUGGUGGUUUACGGGGUUGACCCUUUAAAUUUAUCGGCGGGGUUAAUAGAUAAGAAUAACUAAUAUUUACCCCAAUGAAAUCAAAUGUGGUUGCACAACUGUCAAACUGUCAAACAAUUACAGGCCACACCACAUGUUCAAAAAAUAUAUUUUUGUCAUUCUCACCUUUUUGGUAGGACAGUAGAUAAGAAGAAGAAGAAGAACAAGAACAAGAACUUUAUUAAUCCCCAAAGGGAAAUUCAAUUGUCUGACAUGUCAUUUGUCAUGUCUAAACUAAAAGUUAUCUACUAUUUACACAAGAGUUGUGAAGUCUAAUGGCUGUUGGUACAAAAGAUCUUCUGAAUCUUUCUGUCCUGCAGCAAAGAGAAAGGAGCCGUCCACCACCGUUGGCCCUUUGGUCCAUUAAGGUGUUGUGAAGUGGGUGAUCCAUGUUCUUUAGAAUAGUCUCCACCUUCCUCAGUGUAGAUCUCUCCACCACAUCCUCCACCGAGUCCAUCUUGAGUCCAACCACAGAGCCAGCCUUUUUCACCAGUUUGUUUAGACGUCUUGCAUCUUUGUGUUUGAUGCUUCCUCUCCAGCAGACUGCAGCGUAGAACAGAACUCUGUAGAUCUACACCACAGACUGAUAAAACAUCUGCAGCAUCUUACUACAGAUGUCUAUUGAUCGCAGUCUUCUCAGGCAAAAGAGGUGGCUCUGAUCCCUUUCUGUAGAUGAAGUCUAUAUUCUUAGACCAGCCCAAAUUACAGUUUUUCUCAGUCGCUUUGAUGCAUUUCUCACAUCACUAUUACUAUUACCAUUUGCACAACACUUGGUGCAUUUCUCAAAACAAUUACUACAAACUGCAAAGGCUAGUGGAUAACCUGCAAAAACGCGUCACUUGCUCAAAAUAAAUAGUUGAUUCCUUGAGGCAAGUAUUCAUGUCAAUGAAACUGUCUGUGUCAUCAAAAUAAUUAGUCCCAACAUCAUUGUUUAUGAACGAGACUGUCAAAUGGUUUUGUCAUAUUUUCAUCAUGACAGUUCACUCUCUCUGUGUUUUCCAACACAAAAAAGUCAGAUCUUGGUGAUACUACCUGAAAAUGCUCAAGACAGCACUAUACACUACCUGUACAGCCAUUUGAAGCAUGUCCAAGAGCAUUUGCAAUUUGUUCAGAGGAAUGAGAAACUGCUACGACGAUGUGCACAAAUGACUCCAUGUUAUGGAGGUUGAACUAAUAGUUAUGAGAACUUUCAUUCUGAUCUGAGAAAUGCACCAAAGUGACUGAGAAAAACUGUAAAAGAUUUCCAGUGGUCCUCAGAGAAGUUCCUUCUUAUACAGCGUUUAUCCGACCUGCUGAAGAAACCCAAACGAUGAAAAACUCGUACAAAAGCAAAAAAGGUGGGGGCAAGCCCUCAAAAUUCCAUGUCAUACCAUCAGACAGGAAGUAGUUUUUUUCUCAGCCAUGCAUGCUCCAAUCUGACCCAAACUCACCACACAUUACAGGGGUCAAGACCUAAACACAUACAUGUACUAAUAUCCCAGUCAUAGCGCCUCCUCGUGGCAGCAGUGAGCUUCUUUACAGCAGCAUGGCCUCCUGACUGUGAGUUGAAAAGUCUGAAAGUCCUUCUCCUCACAGGCUGGAACGUCUCCUCCUGCCUUCCCCGGCAGUACCACUAUGUGGCUGAUCCCAUGACCUGGACUGAAGCUCAGACCUUCUGCAGAAAGACUUACACAGACCUGGCCAGCAUUGGAAGUCCUGAGGAGAUGAAACAAGUCAACCACACAAUAACGUCUUCUGGUCUGAACUCAGAGGUCUGGAUCGGUCUGUACAAUCGAAUCAUCUGGAAGUGGUCCGACAGCUACACAGGAAGUGGAGCUGAAUACAGGAAGUGGUACCCUGGUCAGCCAAAUUUUUGGAACGCUAAAGUGUUUUGUGUCGGUUUUAGCAGAGAUGGAUGGGCUGAUGUAGGUUGCUACGGUGAAAAUACAUUUUUCUGUUACCAAGGUAAGAAUCACUCCAGACACGUCUAGUUCAUAAAGAGGAUUUCUUCAUUUCUCUGUAAAAGCUGAAGCUCUCCAUUUUCAAACUCUCCCUGCAGGAACACAACAGGACCCUGAGUAUGUGUUUGUCAAUCAGAAAAUGAAUUGGUCUGAUGCUCAGAGUUACUGCAGGGAGAACCACAUAGACCUGGCCAUUGUGAGGAACGACAAUGAGAACCAGAAGCUCAGCAGCAUUAAGUAUUCUGGAAAAUGGCCAUUUAUCGGUUUGUACAGAGAUCCUCUAUUUUACUGGUCUGAUGGGAGCAGCUUAUCAUUCACAUUCUGGGAUCUUGAAAGCUAUUUGGGCUCCAUGAAUGUGGUAUGUGGAGUGUCAGACCUGGAGCGUUCAGGAAAAUGGAGGUUUCUGCCCUGUGAGCGUAAACUCCCGUUUGUGUGCCACACCGCCUCUCAGCAAGGUGAGUGAGAACGACAUUUCAAUCCAGUAACUGAAGUUUAAAUGUACUCUACGACUUAAAGCAUCCAUGUUUAUUUCUGACUUUGGUUUUCUGCACAACAGUAAAGGUAAUAAGGCUGAGGAUGACCGGAAAGGACCCCUCUGUGGAUCUGAACGACCUCGCCGUGAAAGCAGACAUCCUCAAAAAGGCGAGUCUCCAAAUACCUUCUCUUAUGUUAGCUUUGAUUUGAUCUUGAGUAUAACAUGGAGUAUUUUAUUGUUCAGCCACAGCUCAUGAGUGAAAACAAUUUUCAUUUCUGUUUCCAGCUCCAGGACAGACUGAAGGAGAGUGGACUGAGUGGAGUCACCCUGAGGUGGAGAGAGCAGCCUGAUGGGAAAGUUUUCCACAAGGAGGAAGAAAGUUCUCAGAAGGAAAGCAGCAAAUGGACCCAAGUCUGCGACUAAAAUCAGGCUUUACCACAUCUGAUCUGAAAUGUAUGUUGUGAUAUGACUCUGUCUGAUACGAUAAUGACGAACUGAGAGGGAAAAUCUACUUUUGUUUUUGUUAUUCUCAUAAAACAGCUUCCUCCAAAAAUUAUCUUAAAAUUAUCAUAUAUUAAGUUAAAUUUUAACCCUUUAGUUAUUUGGUUACAUAGACAAAAAGGCCUCCAGCAGCCUGAACAGUGUCCCUAGUGGUUAAAAGGAGAACUGCUUUCUCCCAGAGGCUCUCAGAUUGGUAAAAGGCGCCAUCUGCUGGUAAAAAAGAUUUAAAAAACUAUAAUUUUGAAGCCUGGUGAGGAAGUUUAAUGCUUGUUUGAUGAUUUGAUCCUUGAUUAUUAUCACUCUUUCAUAUUGCAAUGUUAGGGCUUUGAAUAGUUUUUCAUUAGAAUUAUUUGAUCUGUUUUAACUUGUGUUGUUUUGUCACAUUUUCUACAAUAAAGACAAACAUAAUCUGCUAGUGGAGGUAAAGUGACAAGAAAGGUUAUGCCAACCCUUAAAGGUGGAGAGUAAACAGGUGGAGCUGCAGCUACAACAUCCAUUUCUCAUUUUAUAAGUAAUAUUGCUCCAAAAACAGGUUCCCUUUGUUUGUUCAGAGAAGCUCACAGGUCAGGUCACUGAGUGUAAGGAGGUGAAACAAGUUGAUGUUUCUUUUGCAUAUCCUUUGCAUGUUUCCUUCCUUCUUUGUAUCAAGCGGCAAUUACACACAGCUCAAUGAUUUUAGGUCAAUUCCUUCGAAAGGAACAUCCUGUGAGCUCUCAGCUGUGAUGGUCUGAAAAUAUAACCUGCGGUUCUGGUACCAUUUGGAGUGUUUUCCUGCAUCCUACAGCGACAGUAGACCUCAUACCUUAUUUCUUUAUAUCUGUGUCAAGUGUGUCAAUGACAUGUAUAUUUCUUCAAAUAAAAACUCAUAAAAGUUUUGGCUUUUGUCACUUUUUUAAAAUAAUUUCAACAACAAAAAAGGUCAGAAAUGGACAAUGAGAGACAUGAAGUUAAAUACAAGAGAUUAUGAGGGUGAUGGGAAAUAGGUGGGGAGACACGAUCAGGAUGUGGACGGAGCAGACUUAGAGAGAAGGCCAAGUGGCCCCAGCAAAUCCAGACCCUGACAUUUGCAUACAAUGCAAUGGUGCAUGAGACAACUGGAUACGCACCUUUCCACCUCAUGUUCGGUCGGGUUCCAAGGCUUCCCGUUGACGUUCAGACAAGUCCUGCACGAUCCAGUGGUUGUUGACUACGACAGUUAUGUCUCAAUGCUUAUGUCCCAUUUCCAUGAGGCUGCAGACAUUGCCCAAAGACAUGCCAUCAAGGAGCAGGACAAGCAAGCCAGAGGUAACAAUCGGAAAGUCAAGGGGACUUGCCUGAGCGUGGGAGACAGAGUACUCCUCGCCAACAAAGGAGAGAGGGGAAAGAAGAAACUUGUGGACAAGUGGGAACCGACAGUCUAUACUGUCAUGGACAGAAACCCACAAACUCAUGUCUUCAAGUUGGAGGAUGGCGAAGGGAAAACUAAGGUGGUGCAUCACAACCUUAUCCUGGACAUCAGCUUCCUGCCCAUAGGCUCGGCUGAGGGAGACGUGCCUGAACCUGAGGACUGUCUUGAUGAUUCAGAAGGGGAGUCUCAGGUGGGGGACCUCAAUGACUCUUUGGGGGAGGAGGAGGAGAGCAUGGAGGAUGGGGCGGUAGAUGCUGCCAGUCACCAAUCCUGUGACGACGUUGAUAUGGCUGAAGACCAGUCAGAUACAGCGUCUGUGAUUGACACGAGCAAUGCCCAGUCAUGUCCACGAGUUACAGUGCCAGCAGUCACCACAUUGUCCCGUCUCCUUGCCUUCCAUCUUAGUUGGUAUCUUCUCAGCUCCAUAUUGAAAAGUACCAAACCCCCAGACACAAACAGAGCAAUGUGGCAAACACACUUAUAGAGGAGGAACAAAACAGUCAUUUCAUUAACGUAUGGCCCGGCACAAGAGAGCCAACUCUUCUGGCCAGGACUCAGCUGUUCACUUACAUCUGAAUGAUACAGGACUUGUUGAACCAUUACAAUUUAUUUUUCCCCUCUUUAGACAACAGUCCAAACUAAUACUGAUUUCUCAAGACAACCCCAACAUGCUGAGCUCAAAGGUAAGGUCACUGAGCCUGAAGAGGUGUACAGGAGUGAUUUCAGAGAAAUGUUUCUUUUGUAUGUCUUUUGCAUGUUUCCUUCCUUCUUUGAAUUAAGCAACAAUUAAACACAGCUCAUUGAUUUUAGGUAAACUCCUUCACAGGGAACAUCCUGUCAUUUAACAUAUUCAGCUCUUUGAAAGUAUCACCUGCAGUUCUGAUACCAUGAGCCAUUUUCAGAGCUUUGACCUCUUAGUUCAGACUCAAAUAUCUACACUUCUUGAACUGAGAUUGGGAGAGAAAAAAAACAACAAACCCCAAUUCCAGUGAAGUUGGGACAAUGUGUAAAAACAUGUAAAUCCUUUUCCACCCAUAAUCAAUUUAAUUGCCAAAGACAAGAUAUAUUUUCUGUGGGUUACAUGACCUUUCCUUUCAACAACACUGACACAGCAUCCCAACUUCACUGGAGUUGGACUUUGUAGGUAUUGCUUUGGCUUUUAGUCGUCUGUUUUUCUUAUCCUAUCAGCAAACAUGUUUGUUGUUGAGGCAGGAAGUGCGGUGGAUUUGCAUGAUGAUCCCAGACAUAACUAAGGAGUGUCUUCUUAGUGCGACACACACUCCGUAGACCGCCACCAUGAUGGAGAAGAUCCUGCUGUGUCUCUGCUUAUGUCUCUCAGGUCAGAAAACUCUCUUAUGUUGGUUUUUGACGAUGUCUUUUAAAAAUAUGUGGUGGUUUACGGGGUUGACCUUUUAAAUUUACAGGCUGGAUUUAUGGAUAAGAAUAACUAAUAUUUACCCCAAUGAAAUCAAAUGUGGUUGCACAACUGUCAAACUGUCAAAUAAUUACAGGCCACACCACAUGUUCAAAAAAUAUAUUUUUGUCAUUCUCACCUUUUUGGUAGGACAGUAGAUAAGAAGAAGAACAAGAACAAGAACUUUAUCAAUCCCCAAAGGGAAAUUCAAUCGUCUGUCAUGUCAUUUGUCAUGUCUAAACUAAAAGUUAUCUACUAUUUACACAAGAGUUGUAAAGUCUGAUGGCUGUUGGUACAAAAGAUCUUCUGAAUCUUUCUGUCCUGCAGUGAAGAGAAAGGAGCCGUCCACCACCGUUGGCCCUUUGGUCCAUUAAGGUGUUGUGAAGUGGGUGAUCCAUGUUCUUUAGAAUAGUCUCCACCUUCCUCAGUGUAGAUCUCUCCACCACAUCCUCCACAGAGUCCAUCUUGAGUCCAACCACAGAGCCAGCCUUUUUCACCAGUUUGUUUAGACGUCUUGCAUCUUUGUGUUUGAUACUUCCUCUCCAGCAGACUGCAGCGUAGAACAGAACUCUGUAGAUCUACACCACAGACUGAUAAAACAUCUGCAGCAUCUUACUACAGAUGUUUAUUGAUCGGAGUCUUCUCAGGCAAAAGAGGUGGCUCUGCCCCUUUCUGUAGAUGAAGUCUAUAUUCUUAGACCAGCCCAAAUUACAGUUUUUCUCAGUCGCUUUGAUGCAUUUCUCACGUCACUAUUACUAUUACCAUUUGCACAACACUUGGUGCAUUUCUCAAAACAAUUACUACAAACUGCAAAACCUAGUGGAUAACCUGCAAAAACGCGUCACUUGCUCAAAAUAAAUAGUUGAUUCCUCAAGGCAAGUAUUCAUGUCAAUGAGACUGUCUGUGUCAUCAAAAUAAUUAGUCCCAACAUCAUUGUUUACGAACGAGACUGUCAAAUGGUUUUGUCAUAUUUUCAUCAUGACAGUUCACUCUCUCUGUGUUUUCCAAUGCAAAAAAGUCAGAUCUUGGUGAUACUACCUGAAAAUGCUUAAGAAAGCACUAUACACUACCUGUACAGCCAUUUGAAGCAUGUCCAAGAGCAUUUGCAAUUUGUUCAGAGGAAUGAGAAACUGCUACGACGAUGUGCACAAAUGACUCCAUGUUGUGGAGGUUGAACUAAUAGUUAUGAGAACUUUCAUUCUGAUCUGAGAAAUGCACCAAAGUGACUGAGAAAAACUGUAAAAGAUUUCCAGUGGUCCUCAGAGAAGUUCCUUCUCAUACAGCGUUUAUCCAACCUGCUGAAGAAACCCAAACAAUGAAAAACUCGCAAAAAGCAAAAAAGGCGGGGGCAAGCCCUCAAAAUUCCAUGUCAUACCAUCAGACAGGAAGUAGUUUUAUUUCUCAGCCAUGCAUGCUCCAAUCUGACCCAAACUCACCACACAUUACAGGGGUCAAGACCUGAACACAUUCAUGUACUAAUAUCCCAGUCACUGCACCUCCUGGUGGCAGCAGUGAGCUUCUUCAUGGCAGCAUAGCACUCCUGACUGUGAGUUGAAAAGUCUGAAAGUCCUUCUCCUCACAGGCUGGAACGUCUCCUCCUGCCUUCCCCGGCAGUACCACUAUGUGGCUGAUCCCAUGACCUGGACUGAAGCUCAGACCUUCUGCAGAAAGACUUACACAGACCUGGCCAGCAUUGGAAGUCCUGAGGAGAUGAAACAAGUCAGCCACACAGUAACGUCUUCUGGUCAGAACUCAGAGGUCUGGAUCGGUCUGUACAAUCGAAUCAUCUGGAAGUGGUCUGACAGCUACACAGGAAGUGGAGCUGAAUACAGGAAGUGGUACAUUAAUAACCCAAAUUUUUGGAACGCUGAACAGCUUUGUGGUGGUUUAUACAGAGAUGGAUGGGUUGAUGUAGGUUGCUUCUAUGAAGAGACAUUUUUCUGUUACCAAGGUAAGAAUCACUCCAGACACGUCCAGUUCAUAAAGAGGAUUUCUUCAUUUCUCUGUAAAAGCUGAAGCUCUCCAUUUUUCAAACUCUCCCUGCAGGAACACAACAGGACCCUGAGUAUGUGUUUGUCAAUCAGAAAAUGAAUUGGUCUGAUGCUCAGAGUUACUGCAGGGAGAACCACAUAGACCUGGCCAUUGUGAGGAACGACAAUGAGAACCAGCAGCUCAGCAGCAUUGAGUAUUCUGGAAAAUGGCCAUUUAUCGGUUUGUACAGAGAUCGUCACCUUUACUGGUCUGAUAGGAGCAGCUUGUCAUUCACAUUCUGGGAUCCGGUUGAAAGCUAUUUGGGCUCCAUGACUGUGGUAUGUGGAGUGUCAGACCUGGAGCGUUCAGGAAAAUGGAGGUUUCUGCCCUGUGAGCGUAAACUCCCGUUUGUGUGCCACACCGCCUCUCAGCAGGGUGAGUGAGAACGACAUUUCAAUCCAGUAACUGAAGUUUAAAUGUACUCUACGACUUAAAGCGUCCAUGUUUAUUUCUGACUUUGGUUUUCUGCACAACAGUAAAGGUAAUAAAGCUGAGGAUGACCGGAAAGGACCCCUCUGUGGAUCUGAACGACCUCGCCGUGAAAGCAGACAUCCUCAAAAAGGCGAGUCUCCAAAUACCUUCUCUUAUGUUAGCUUUGAUUUGAUCUUGAGUGUAACAUGGAGUAUUUUAUUCUUCAGCCACAGCUCAUGAGUGAAAACGAUUUUCAUUUCUGUUUCCAGCUCCAGGACAGACUGAAGGAGAGUGGACUGAGUGGAGUCACCCUGAGGUGGAGAGAGCAGCCUGAUGGGAAAGUUUUCCACAAGGAGGCAGAAAGUUCUCAGAAGGAAAGCAGCAAAUGGACCCAAGUCUGCGACUAA